AUGGAAGAGUGGUUGAAAAUAACACUAUGUGUAAGUUUGUUUGCAACUUUUCGGGACUUUCGACCAGUGGAUUCAUUUUAUACAUCAUAUUUAACCAGUCCAGCCGUAAAUUUUACUGCUGAGCAAGUGACCGAAGAUAUUUAUCCAAUAAAUUCUUAUGCAACCACGAGUCUAAUAAUUAUAAUGUUUCUUGUCACAGACUUUCUUCUUUAUAAACCAAUUGUGAUGCUGGACGCUUUAAGUUCAAUGGUGAUGUUUUUGUUAAUUUUGCAACCAGUAACUCUCUUGAAAUCAAAACUAAGUAUGGUAUUUUUGGGUCUAACGUCUGCAUCCGAACUAGCAUACAUGUCAUAUGCGUAUGCAAAGAUCCGUGACCGCAAGUUAUACCAAAAAAUGACUGGAAUUGUAAGGGGCUCAAAUCUUUUGGGAAAGUGUUUAUCGUCCACAUUUGCUCAAAUUGCAGUUUCAGUGUUCCACAUUGAAUAUGGGGUACUCGUGUAUAUUUCAUUAGCGGGUUCCAUCGCAGCCUUAGCUUUUUCAUUUUUUCUUCCUCCGGUAAAUGUAAGUAUAUAUUUUCAUCCUGAAAGUCCUAAAACUGCCAAGCCAAAAGUCAACUACAGUACAUUUCACAAUCAAUGCCAUAAAGACCUUGGACCGUGUUUGGUUGAAAAAUCUCCAAAGACCGUUCGAGUGGUAUUUGAUCAGCUGCACUCAGAACUGAGGGACGCGUACACCAAUCCGUAUCUACUCAAUUACGGUAUAUGGUUUGCCUUCGCCACCGGAGUCUAUUUCCAGGUGAUGACGUACAAUGACGUUCUUUACUUGAAAUUGAACGAACUCAAUCCGGUCAACAACAAGUUGUACAACGGCGGAGUAGACGCUUUGGCUUUCAUAUGUGGUGCAUUGUCUUCAUACUUCAUAGGGUUUCUGAGGGUUGAUUGGAAAUCCACAAGUGAUUUAUUCUUCUUUGUCGGCUCACUUUUGAGCUGCAUAACGCUGUGUGUCUGCUACGUGACAACAUCAUUAAAUUUGGUAUACAUAAUGUACAUCAUGUUCUGUUUCGUAUUCCAAUCGAUGAAUGUUGUGGCCAGGUCCGAAACAGCUAAACAUUUGAAGCAUGACAGUUUUGCUUUCAUUUUCGGCGUCGUAUAUUUUAUUUCAUUAGUUGUGUCAAGUGUCAUUACAUAUUUAUUUGUUCAAGGUACUAUUAUUGCGGUUCCAGUAAACUUACAGUUUCUAAUCUAUGGAUUGAUUAACGGCGGACUUGCUAUUUGGUUCUUUUUUCGAAUGUGUAAAAAAAAAUUGUACAGUUAA